GCUCUUCAGACAGUAAACUAAAGAAAAUAUUCACACCCCACCUAUUACCAUUUUACGCAUGCUUAUUGGUUACAUAAAAUUGUUCGGACCAGAGCCCUGCUUGUGACCAACCAGGAUCAGGAAGUGGGAGGUGUACGCAGAUGUUGGUGGAAUGAUUGACAUAGGAAUUGCCAGCUGGAUUAAAGAGGCUGAAGUGCGUUGUCCUGCAGCCGGUUGAGCGAAGAGAGAGACUUUAUGUGUCGGAAAAUAAUCCGUUUGAAUGCAUAUUGUACGGCAUGCAUAUAUACUAUAUACAAUCAAGUCUGAAUACAGCAUAACCACAUAACAAGUAAGUAGAACGCGCUGAUAUUAAACAUAAUUAGCAGCUUGAGAAGCUUUCAAACUACAAUGCAAGUCUUGUUUAUCCGGCUCAACGAAAGCUCCACCCACAUAUAGGCAAGAAAGAAGUGGAGUAGUGAGGAGAUGGAUGCAGAGAAUGGAGAAGUUUUCUUUGGGCAAAGGGAUGAGGAAGGGGUAGUAGAUGGUGCCUUGGGUGUGGAAGAGCUGUUCUCUUCUAAAACCUUGGAGGAGUGGGCUCUGGAACCGCACUGUGGUCUGAAUGAUAGUGAAACAGAAGACGUCCUCCAUGCAAUCAACCCAAAUGACGUGUUUCCUUCAGGACCCGCUGCGGAGUCCCUGUCUGAGAGUGACAGUGGUAUCUCUGAGGACCCCUGUUCUGAACCCCCAUCAGGGCCUUCUGAGCCCUUCCAAGGCCCUCCCACCAUCUACCAGGUGGUAUAUGACAUCAGCAGUCUGAGCACCAUCAAGGCUGAACCAGAGCAACACAAUGUGGAUGUCAUAUCUAUAGAGCUCGAUCAGUGGAGCUCACAGAUGUUGAUCUCAGAGUCCUGCAUUGUGAACGAGCUUCCCGUGGUUCCCACUGCAAAAUCUGAAAGUGUCCUUGCUGCCGCCACCAUUGCCAAAGAUGACCACAGUCUGGACGACAUACCGCUUUACCCUGAACUCCGUCUGACUGAGGAGGAACAGAAGCUGCUGAACCAAGAAGGCAUAUCUUUACCCAACAACCUGCCUCUGACAAAGGCAGAGGAGAGGAUACUGAAGAAAGUGCGACGCAAGAUCCGCAACAAGCAGUCGGCCCAGGACAGUCGGCGCAGGAAGAAGGAGUACAUCGAUGGGCUGGAGAGCAGGGUGGCAGCUUGCUCUGUGCAGAAUCAGGAGCUGCAGAAGACUGUGGAUCAGCUGGAGAAACACAACGUGUCCCUGCUGGCCCAGCUGCGCAGGCUGCAGUCGCUGAUCAAGCAGACGGCCACCAAAGCUGCACAGACAAGCACCUGCAUCUUGAUCUUCCUCUUCUCCCUGGCUCUCAUCAUCUUUCCCAGUUACAGCCCGUUCAGUUGGGAUGCUGUCUCGGUGGAGGAGGGCUACGCACCAACUGGAGUUAUCUCCAGAAACAUCCUCACUGACCCUGCUUCAUCUGUGCAAGUGUCAGAGGAUACAGAUAGCCCUGCCCUCAGUCAAGAUAAUACUCCACCCUUUUAUCCUGACCCGGGCAAAGCUGAUUCGCUGGAACUGAACUCAGGGCUACAGCAGCAGAUAAUGGAUAGCCCAGAGAUGGCUAUCAAUGAGGGACUGGCCCAGGAGCAGAGUGAACCCAGAAAUGUCUCAAACUUGGUUGAAGGAAGGACUGACCCGCUGGCUCUGGGCUUGAUAUCAGCCGAAGGACAAGGGAGUGCCAAUGUUGAUCCUACUAAACCAGCCCAUGCUGACGAGAUGUAGACGGCUGAUGUAGGCUGUUGUACAGUGGCAGAAAUCAGCAUAUAUUCUGGAACCAUUUUGAGUUCUGGAACAAUGGUGGCCAAGCUUUGUAGGGAACUGUGAAAGCACAUUGGGGUUUUUUUUUUUGGUACUGUUCGAUGCUUUAGUUAACUAGGCUGAUUGCUGCCUUGCCCAAUUUACUUUUGCUGUCUAUUUUGCAGUGAGCAUGACCGAUCAUGCCAAAUGUUUGUUUGACGUAGUUCCUUAAUCAUAACAUUAUGUGGCAGGAAGUGCUUUGAAAUAUGGUUCAAACUAAGCCGACGGUGGCUUUUCUCACCAAUGAAAUCAUUAUCUUGUUCUUCACAAGAUUAUAAGGAUUCCUACAGGAUUUCAUCAAGUCAGAACAUAAAUAGUUUAUACACUUGCAGAGCUUUAAUUGACAAUAUCUGUAGAUAAUUGAAAUUAUCUAUGUAGUUUGAAUACUGGUAGGUGUUUCAGUACAUAACCAUAAUUCAGACAGGUUUAUUAACUGUAAGCAAACUAUCUUUAUCUUUUCAGAGCUUUUCAAAGAAGGCAUUUGGUCAAACCGGGUUCAUGAUUGGCACCAUUUCUUAUCUCCCUGACAACAUUGUAUCAAAAACAUGGAUCUGUGCUACACGUGGCUUCUUUCAUGUGUAAUCUUGUUCUGAAUUUAUUAUUUAUGUUGUUUGUAUUUAUAAACAAAGGGAAGAAUAUGAGAAAAGCUUUAAUUUAAUUUUUUUUAAACUGCUUCCUAGUGAGCACUUUGUAAGUUAGGUACUGCAGAAUCAAAUUGGGGGGUUUCUCUUUGAAAUGGUACUUGUACAGUUUCUAAUUAAAGAUUUCUAAAUAACUUUC